GCUGGGGAGGCAGGCAGAGGAGCGAGUUAGUUUGUGCGCUUUGAAUAAACCUCCUGCUCAGACUAGGAGACUCUGGAAGUCUGUCAGUCACCGUUAGCUCUGUUUCAGUCACUCAGCCGCUCUUCUCCUCCCCCCCUCGGCUGUUCUUUCCCACUCUCUCUUGCGCUCAUCUUUGUUUUUUUGCGGUGCUCUCCUCUAUUCUCGCCUGUUGCUUCUUCUCCUCUCGCUGCUGCUGCUGCCACAAACUUAGUCCAGAGAGAAAGUGCUGGGUGAUGGACUGCUGAACAGCUUGUACGUUGCUACAAAGUGAGCUGUGAGCAGUGUGAUUCAGGACCAACAGACAUGGGGAAGCAGAACAGCAAGCUCCGUCCGGAGGUGAUGCAGGACCUGCUGGAGAGCACCGACUUCACCGAGCACGAGAUCCAGGAGUGGUACAAGGGCUUCCUGAGGGACUGCCCCAGCGGAAACCUCUCCAUGGAGGAGUUCAAGAAGAUCUACGGUAACUUCUUCCCCUAUGGAGACGCUUCAAAGUUUGCUGAGCACGUCUUUCGCACAUUUGAUGCGAAUGGCGACGGGACAAUAGACUUCCGGGAGUUUAUCAUCGCUUUAAGUGUGACGUCGCGUGGCAAGCUGGAGCAGAAGCUGAAAUGGGCCUUCAGUAUGUAUGACCUGGACGGGAACGGGUACAUCAGUAAAGCUGAGAUGCUGGAGAUCGUACAGGCAAUAUAUAAGAUGGUGUCCUCCGUGAUGAAGAUGCCUGAGGACGAGUCCACACCUGAGAAGAGGACAGAGAAGAUCUUCAGGCAGAUGGACACCAACAGAGACGGCAAGCUAUCUUUGGAGGAGUUCAUCAAAGGAGCGAAGAGCGACCCCUCCAUCGUCCGCCUGUUGCAGUGCGACCCCAGCAGUGCUGGACAGUUCUAAACCUGAGGCAUCAACAACCUUGCUUCUUUGGGUGACUCUAAAUGCCCUCAACUCUCCACUAUGGAGCACACUGAUGAUGAAGAAUGACAAGAUGAUGACGAUGAAGAAGACAGGCCUUCAAUAUGUACUGAGGACUUUCAAAGAUGGACACAGGAGCCACAUUCCCCCCUUCUCUCAAGCUGUUUAUCUGCACCCCCAAACUCCUACAAAGACUGAUCUGUCAUCAGGUUGUCAAACCCCACUGAUUGUAAUUGAGUCCCUCAGUUCUCCUGAUGGCGUGUCAGAGUAUAAGAAAGGUCUACGGUUGGUUGUAUAUAUGCAGUAUAAACUGGAGUCUCUGUAUCAGUGUCUUUGCUUGGCUCUCUGUACCUCUGAGGCUGCAGCUGGGGGCCACACAGAGCCUGUAUCACUCUAAUAUGUAUAAUAGACGAGUGUGUGCAUGACACCAGGAGAGGGAAAAAGAGAGGCGUGAUGGCGUUGGACGUGCUGUAGAUGAGAUCAUUCCGUCUGCAAACGGGACCUGUGAAGUUUGUCCUUCACUCAGAGCGAGUACUGCUUUCCUCUUUUCUACUGUGAGAAUGUGUACGUGUGUUUGUGUAUUUUGCAAACUUGAUAGACUUUGUUUCAUAGACUUUGUGCUGGGACAACAACAUCAUGUAACAUUAUGCUACCGUGCAUAUUCGCCCAAAUGCGUAGUUAGGUUUUUUUGUGAAGUCUCACUGAUGACGGAUGAAAAAGAAUCCCUCUAUCCAUCAUCAGUUCCAGUGGUUUCUUUCAUAUCCCCAGAGAGUGUUACUGCGCUCUAGCUUUAGGUAACAAUAGAAAACUAGUCUUUACAAGUAUUUCAGUACAGUGUAGAUAUUUUAAAGUGCAUCUAAAUUUGUAAAGCGAAUCCUCAUAGUCCAGAAUACUCCGUUGAGAACAAAUGUUGUGAAAUAAUAAUUUUGAAAAAUGUUUGUUUAUUUAAGCUGUUGCGGGAUAUCGAGCAUGCAAACCACUUUCUUUUUGUUGACUUUUACUACGUGAAGGGCAAAGCCGCGUUUCUUCAUGUUUCACAUUUAGAUGUUUUUAAAAUGCCGCAUGUUGGGUACAGGGGUGCGUAGACUAAAAAUAACACGUAUGCAUGUGCAAUAAGCAUGUGUGUGUUUUCUUAAUGUAUGGAUAUCGAACAGCCGCUCAUCCAUUUAGCUCUGUGCUCGCUUCUGUAUGUUAGUAUUGUCAGCGUUAGUACUACCAGUGGUCAGUGUUAUUGGAUUGGAGUCUGGACUCCCAAAGCUGACACAUCUCUUGGUUCACAUGAAUGAUUUGAGCUUUAGGAUGACCAUCGUGCACAUGGAAGAAUGCUGGGCAGUCUGAGCUGAGAGCUGUUUUCUGUUGCAAGCUGAGGCCAAUAAUUAAAUCACCAUCCAGUUGUAUCUCAACAUAAACACCCAGAGAGCAGCGGUGAAAUAGAAUGUACGCUGUUCCAAUGAAUACAUAUGAAUAACACGCACUCCCUCAAGUGUUUUCUUCCCCUCUAAUUUCAAAUUGGAGGAUUGAAUUCAUGGUCUUUUCUUCACUCAGCUUCAACAGAAACCUCUUGAAACUCCCCGACUGCCCUCCUCCAGGCCCAAACAAAUCCGUUUCAGUUACUGCAUCGUGUUCUGAUUAGAAAAGCUUUGAAUGUUUAACUGAAUUACUGCUGGGUUUUUUUUUGUUUGUUUUUUUUUUGUAAAGAAAAAAGAAAAGAUGCAUCAGCGGAUCACAACUACUGCAACGAUACUGUCACGAUGUGUUGCUUUUAUAUUUUUUUAAUAAUUUUUUCUCUUUUUUUUAAAGAAAAGAAAAGGUGUGUCAGGUGUAACACUUCUGUUAAAACACAAAAUAGCAUCUUGUGGUCAAGUGCCAAAUAAAAACAAAAACAGUAUUGUAUGGAUUUAUACUGUACAAUUGUUAUAUGUUGAACAAAUUGUUUGUAAUUGUUGCAUUUUGUAGGUUUUGUAUGGUAUCCUGUAUUUAGUGACUGCAGUUUUGGAACACAGGAUUCUGUUUUUUGGUCAAUUUAAAAGGCAAGAAUUAAAUUUACAAUAUAUUGUGUGCAA